GGAGGUUACGCCGUCUUAUGGAGUCGUGAGUGAUUCAAUUCUUUGUUUUGAAACGUUUUCUAACAGUGAAGUAAGUGCCUUUUAAUUUUACUUUUUGAUUUAUCUUAUAUUUGCUUCACAAUGCCACCUAUAAUACCUAAAUCGUGGCGUCAACAUAAAAAUGUUAUGAAAAUUAAGAAAUGGAAGAAGACCGAAAAAUAUCUUGAAACUCUAAAGAAACAGAAUGAAGAACUUAAAUUGAACAAUUCUAAUGGAGAACUAAAGACUGACAUAAUGACGCGAGCGGUGCCUUUCUUGAAGACUGCACCCACAUUAAGCAUUGCUUUACCUGGUUCCAUUCUGGACAAUGCUCAAACACAAGAAUUCAGAUCUUAUUUGGCUGGACAGAUAGCAAGAGCUGCUUGUAUCUACAAUAUCAGAGAAAUAAUUAUUUUUGAUGACAUGCCCUGUAAAAAUGAAGAAGACCAUACCAACACAAAUGCUUGGAAAAGUUGUGAACAGAUGGGAAACAUAUUACAAUAUUUGGAAUGUCCACAAUACCUCAGAAAGCGCCUCUUUCCUAUGUGUGAUGAUUUGAAAUAUGUUGGUUUAUUGAACCCGCUAGAUGCACCUCAUCAUCUCCGAGCAAUGGAUGAAAGUCCUUAUAGAGAAGGAGUCGUUACUGAAAUCGUUACCAAAUCUGGAACCAGAAGCUAUGCCGAGGUUGGUCUUGAAAAACCAAUUAGAAUUGACUGCUUACUUCCAAAAUCAACAAGAGUGACCGUCAAAUUGAGAAGGAGUACUCAAGGUGAUAAAAUAAGAGGAAAAGUUGUUACUCCACAAGCUCCUACUGCACAACAAGGACUCUACUGGGGUUAUACAGUUAGACUUGCUGAGCGAUUGACUGACGUCUUCGUUGAAGGCCCUUAUGGUCAAUAUGACUAUUGCAUCGGUACCUCUGACAGAGGUGAACCUGUAAGCAAUUACAAAUUACGUGAGUCAGGAUUCAAACACGGCCUUAUAGUCUUCGGAGGCGUGAAAGGUCUCGAAUUCUCCCUGAAAAACGAUCCUAAUUGCCCUGGCGAAGUAGAAGAUGUAUCCCUUUUAUUUGACGCCUACUUGAAUACCUGUCCGAGUCAGGGAGCGAGGACGAUCAGGACCGAGGAAGCAAUGUUGAUAUCAUUGGCGUUGAUCACUCCUAAACUUGGAUUAGCUUAAUUUAUAUAUAAUUUUUUACAUAAAUAUUUUGUAUGUAAUUAAAUCUUUUGUUAA